AUGCACCUCGUCGCUGUCCGUCCUGCAAUUGCCCACACCCGCAUCAGCAGCAUCGUCAUCGCCCUCUGCAGCCCCACUGCGAGAGAACCGAGCCAAAGAAGCUUCCACAGCAGUACCCUCUCCAGCUUCCGUUACUCUGCCGUCCGCCAAGCGGCCUGGAACUCUCCAGCCAAAAUGGCAGCCCGGAGCUUCAAGAUCACAGACUGGGUCGACCCCAAGGACAAGUCGGGCGAGUUUAAGCGCCAGACGAGCUCGUUCCGCGACUGGAUCGGCCGUCCGUCCGAGGAGGGCGGUGCAGUUCAGUUUCCGGUCGAGAAGGAUCGGUACCACCUCUACGUCAGCACGGCAUGUCCCUGGGCCACCCGCACGCUGAUCGCCCGCAAGCUCAAAGGCCUAGAAGACAUUGUCUCCGUCACGGUUGUGCACUGGAAGCUUGCCGAAGGUGGCUGGCGGUUUGCCACGGCAGAAGACCAAGACGCCCCUGGCGAGCACGUCGAGCCCGACCCAGUCCCGGGCCACGAGGAUUUCACCCAUCUUCGCCAGGUGUACAUUGAGUCGGCCGAGGACUAUACCGGCCGCGUGACCGUCCCGGUGCUCUACGACAAGAAGCAGAAGCGCGUGGUCAACAACGAGAGCAGCGAGAUCCUACGCAUCUUCAACAGCGCCUUUAACGACCUGCUGGAGCCCAAGUACAGGAACAUUGACCUCUAUCCUGAGGCUCUCCACAGCGAGAUCGAGGCCGCCAACGCGUGGCAGUAUGACAACAUCAACAACGGCGUCUACAAGAGCGGCUUUGCCACGACCCAGGCGGCCUACGAGCGCAACGUCGUCCUCGUCUUCGACGCCCUGGACCGCGCCGAAAAGCAUCUGGCCGGAAAUACCGCCAACGGGCCAUACUGGUUCGGCAAGACCAUGACCGAAGUUGACAUCCGGCUGUUUGCUACCAUCGUCCGCUUCGACCCCGUCUAUGUCCAACACUUCAAAUGCAACUUGGCCGACAUCCGCUCCGGUUACCCGCACCUGCACAAGUGGAUGCGCAACCUGUACUGGAACGUGUCCGCCUUCAAGGACUCGACCGACUUCUUGCACAUCAAGAGCCACUACACUAAGAGUCACACCCAGAUCAAUCCCUUCAGCAUUACGCCCUUGGGCCCGAAGCCGGAUAUCUUCCCGUUGGACGAAGAGGUGCCUGCCGUCAAGGCCUCUGGAAAGCUGUAG